AUGCCGUCCGCCGAUUGUGCUCUUUAUGCUGAGCUGCUCGCCAACAUCCGCCAAAUCUCAUUAGCAGUAACGCUUCCUUCACCUUGUGACUCAUCGACCCGGGUCGCCGUCUCGGCCGACUGCCAGACGGUCGAGCUCAGACAUCGCAGCAGCACCUGUGUUCUAAGGCUCCCCGGAAAGGCAUCUCUUGGGGGCGUAGUCCUCCCUAUACAGAACAAACAGUGCGGCAGCACAUCGCUUGAAUGGCGGCUGCCUCUCGAUGCGCCGUCGCUUCCGUCAGCCAACCAAGCGGACUACACGCCUUGGUCGGCGACAGACCUGGACGCCGGAUCCGGGGUUGAUUGCAGACAAUGCGCGACCAAUCUUGUCCGCCCUGGGUCCGUCAAGGUUUGGAAGGAUCUUCCCAGCGAGAACUGGGCUGAGAUGAUGGAGUUUUGGCACUGCCACAAACCCGAUCACGGUCACCACCACCACCACCACAACCAAAACCAUGAUGGGAAAACCGGAAAGGCUGGCGAUGAGAGUCUCGCCGCGAGGGGCUACGGCGCUUCCUCCUCCAUCUCAGCUCAGAAGGGUGUCGGGUUCGUCGACCUGACGACACUCCUCUUUGAUGAGACGGACUGCCAGCCCUUGACGCUAGGGUUUUUCAACUUCCGGACCUCUGCAGUUACGUUGCUCAAGUGGCAGGUCUCCUGCAAGUCUGCCUCGGGUACCGCACCCAGCAUCCCCGAGUGCCUUGCAGCGACUCUCAUUUCCACGAUCGCCAGGUCCGGGUCGUCCAAGUCUCUGAUAACGCCAUUAGACGAACCCUCCCGCGAGGCAGAUGGAAAGACAGGCCCAGAUAGCGCUCUCCACAUCUGGGUGCUCAACAGCAGCAUUGUGUACUCUUCAAGUGAGACCGCGCGGCGCAUACCAGCCAUCAAACUGCUCUACCGGAAUUUGUCUCUGGAGGAAGCCAACAAGAUGCUGGAAGCCGUCACCUGCGACUCUCAAGAAAUAAACAUUCCAGCCCAGGCUAUCGGUGACGUUAUCCGGCAUCUGGAACACAGCAGCGGGCUCUUGCCGUCCAAGGAGCGGAAGUUUAAGGAGUGGAAUGUAGGAUUGUUGACCAGAUGGGAGCAGAAAGUGUGGUAA